GGCGGGCGGAAGGCGCGUGAGGACGAGGUCGCCGGCGCUGCGCCGCCCGCACUCAAGAUGGCUGCCAUCACCAUGCGCCUGCCGGUGGCCCGCAAGGCGGUGGGACCGAGCGCGCCCCGGGGCGGCGAGAAGCACCUGGUGGCCCCGGGGGACACGAUCACCACGGACACGGGCUACAUGAGGGGCCACGGCACCUACGUGGACGAGGAGAAGCUCGUCGCCUCGGUGGCCGGCGCCGUGGAGAGGGUGAACAAGCUGGUGUGCGUCAAAGCGCUGAAGACCAGGUACAACGGUGAAGUCGGGGAUAUCGUGGUCGGCAGGAUUACAGAGGUUCAGCAGAAGCGAUGGAAAGUGGAAACCAAUUCCAGGCUAGAUUCAGUCUUGUUGCUGUCAUCUAUGAAUUUACCUGGUGGGGAACUGAGAAGGAGAUCAGCAGAAGAUGAGCUUGCAAUGAGGGACUACCUGCAGGAAGCAGACCUCAUCAGUGCAGAGGUCCAGUCUGUAUUUUCUGAUGGGGCUUUAUCACUGCACACCCGGAGUCUGAAAUACGGGAAGCUUGGCCAGGGUGUGCUCGUUCAGGUAUCGCCCUCCUUUGUGAAACGCCAGAAGACUCACUUCCACGACUUGCCCUGUGGUGCAUCUGUGAUCCUCGGCAACAACGGUUUCAUCUGGAUCUACCCAACUCCAGAGCAGAAAGAUGAAGAGGCAGGGGGCUUCACCACCAGCUUGGAGCCGGUUCCCUUGUCUGACCGGGAGGUGAUCUCACGGCUCCGAAACUGCAUUGUGGCUCUCGUUACUCAGAAGUUGAUGCUCUUUGACACCAGCAUCCUGUAUUGCUAUGAAGCGUCCCUUCCUCAUCAGAUCAAGGACAUUCUCAAACCAGAGGUGAUGGAGGAGAUCGUUCUGGAAACCCGACAGAGGUUGCUGGAUCUGGAGGGGUAGGGCACAUGGCCAGAAGCAGUCAUUUGAAGUCCCAGCAUGGCAGCUUUUGAUUCUCAGUACUUUUUUUUUUUCAGUGUUCUAGUCGCCAACGUUCAUUCCACACUUCAGAAACCACCAAAAUUCCUCAUUUUACCUCCUAGGCUACCUCCUGAGCCCUUUUAGUACAAUAGUACUAAAUAGUACUUAAGUACAAUAGCCUUUUAGUGCAGCAGCCUGAAAAAUUGAUAUCUGACCUUUAUGAAGAUGCAGAUGCAAUUGGGACAUAUCUCAUAGCACUUGUUGCUGUGUCUGGUGCCCCUGAACUUUGUGCAGAAUGAUAGAGAGGAAAAGAUGUGUUUUGUGAUGUUUCUCUCUUCCCAAAGGCUUCCUGAAUGGUUUUGGUUUUCGUUUACUAUGAUACAGACCUGCUAGUCAGUCCUCUGACUGAGAGCUCGUUUUUCUCUUUAAGACUGCAGAACACAGGUACAAGUCUUUAGAGGACAGGAGUAUCCACACCCUUGCUAACCACAUUUUGGGUCUGACUGUUCAUGGUUUCUAUGUCUCAAGGGUAUGAGAUUGGAUGUGGCAUGAUGUGGCUGUCCACAUGAGCCAGGAGCCAUGAGCGAGCAGUGGCUUCUCAGUCUGUGUGCAUCCUGCUGGUCCUUUUUUUAUGCCUGAUGUGGUGAGCUCCUCCUCUGAGGAGGCUCCAGUAUUGUUUUCUAUUAAAUAUUUUACAUUUCAAUAAAUUUUUUUAAACAGA